CAUGGAUGGAAAGUAUGCGUGAAGUGAAGAUCAAGAAUUUGCUGUGAAAUAUUCCGCCGUUUUUUGGAGCCAUGCCUAAGUGUUAUCUGGUUACUGGAGGUACAGGAUAUAUUGGCAGUCACUGUGUUAUAGAACUCAUUAAUGCUGGAUAUGACUGUGUUGUGUUAGACAAUUUAUCCAAUUCUGAUGCAGAAGAGUGCAUGAAGAGAAUAGAAGAAAUUACAGGAAAAAGUAUACCAUUUUACAAAGAGGAUUUACUCAACUUUCAAGGUUUACAAAAAGUUUUCAGUCAGCACAAAUUCGARGGUGUUCUACAUUUUGCUGGGCUGAAAGCUGUAGGAGAGUCUAUUCAAAUUCCUAUCCAAUAUUAUCACAAUAACCUGACUGGUACCUUACAUUUAAUUCAGUGCAUGCAGGAGUAUGGAGUAUACAACAUGGUGUUCUCAUCGUCUGCCACAGUUUAUGGYAAKCCAGAGUUUCUACCCAUGACAGAGGAACAUCCUGUUGGCAAUGGAAUAACCAAUCCUUAUGGAAAAACUAAAUACUUUAUUGAAGAAAUGCUGAGAGAUCUUUGUCGUUCUGAAAAGAAAUGGAAUGUUGUGUCACUCAGGUAUUUCAAUCCUGUCGGUGCUCAUAUAUCAGGAAAAAUUGGUGAAGAUCCUAAGGGUAUACCUAACAAUCUUGUGCCAUAUAUUACCCAAGUUGCAGUUGGAAAACGACCAUACCUCAAUGUUUUUGGAAAUGAUUACAAUACAUCAGAUGGAACUGGAGUAAGAGACUACAUCCAUGUUGUUGAUCUUGCUUUGGGUCAUGUUGCUGCUUUGAAGAAAAUAGAGAAAAACUGCGGCUGGAAGGUUUACAAUCUAGGAGCUGGAAAUGGAUAUUCAGUAUUAGAUAUGGUGAAAGCRUUAGAAAAAGCAUCUGGUAAAAAAAUUCCAUACAAGUUUGCAGAGCGCAGAGCUGGAGAUGUAGAAUCUAUGUAUGCUGAUGCAUCAUUAGCUGAGAGGGAACUGAACUGGAAAGCAACCAGAGAUCAAGAC